AUGGAUUUUGAUGACAUCCAACUUCGGCAGUUCGACGCUUUCAAACAAGAGUGGAUCAGGCAGUGUUCCACCUCAUCGAAAGGGAUUUGUGACUUGGCAAAUCGUUACCGAAAACGCGAUGACUGCUUGCUCCGGUCAAUGCACUUCUGGUUCGACUGGCUGAUUCGAUUCCCAUUGCCUGGAAAAUCGAUGUUUCUAGACGAGAAAGUCCGCAGAGAGGCCGUAGUGAUGGAAUUUGUCGGUAGCAGGACUCAGAUUCCUGUCCCUCGCGUCAUUGCGUAUGGAGUAGCGCAUGAGAACCCUACUGGUCUUGGGCCCUUCAUUAUCAUGACCUGGAUUGAAGGAAGGAAAAUGUCAGAGAUCCCUCGAAAAGACACGCCACGGAAGGAGGAUAAUUUGAAACCCGAUAUUGACACACGAACCUUGGGGCUUCUUUAUAGCCAAAUGGCGGAGAUACUGCUGGAGCUUUGGAAGCUCGACUUCGAUUGCAUCGUGGGCAGUAUAUGGUUGACGGCCCGCCUGACAUUGGAAGUCAACGAGCUCAUGCGGACCUGCGGAUUGGGAAAUCGCACUCCUCCAGGCGUAUAUCACAGCUCUACCGAUUAUAUUGCAUCAUUGUUGCAACUGCAGUCAACUCACCUAAGGGAACAACGGAAUAGCGUGUAUGAUUCCGAAGAUUGCCGGGAGAAGUACGCUUGCCGCCAUCUGAUGAAAGCUAUAGCCUUUGAUUUCAUUUCCCACAAAGACAACCACGGUCCAUUCAAGUUGUUUUGCGACGAUUUCGGACCUGGCAAUGUCCUUGUGGAUGACUCCCUUCGCGUCACGGGAGUUAUUGACUGGGAGUUUUGCUAUGCAGCUCCCGUGGAAUUCGCUGGGAGUAUCCCAUCGUGGCUCCUUCUUCAACGGCCUCAUCGAAUCAUUAAUGAACUUGGUGCUGCCGGGUUUCUCGAUAUGUUCCUUCCCAAAGCAGAGAUUUUUCUGAACUGUUUGCAACAGAAGGAGGGAACCACUGGGGCUAACCCUGAGUACCGACUUUCAGCACGUAUGCGAAAAACAAUUGAAGACAAGAGCGCCUGGUUUAUUCUUGCUGCACGGAUGGUAUCAUCCGUCGACAUGAUCUACUGGGAGUUACUCGAUGAAUUCUGCUGGGGACCGCGAUCAACCAUUGCAGACAGGGUCCACAACGUCACCACAAUUCCCAAAAAGCAUAAAGAGCGCGAGGGGUUCGUGCGCCUCAAGAUUCGCCAGCUUCAGGAAUACUAUACUGAGCUUGGAGAAGAAACAACACUCGAAUAUGAGGAAGAGAGGUGUGCUAAAUCAUCUUCUUCACGCCCUGUUACAGCCCUGGGCACAGGACGCCAGGUCUAUUUACCUCUUUGUAUUUGUUUCUUUUCACUGGGCUGCGUGGUUGGCCUUUUAGCAAAGAGAAUUAUUGUCACGUAA